AUGAGGUGGAGGACCACUCGACUGGACGAUGCUGUAGCAAAUCAGAAACAGUUGGACGGUGUAACUCCUCGUGCAAGUAAAGGUGUGGUGGAGAACCUCUCGUCUGUGCGAUGCUCUAGCACACCAGAUACUGUUGGACUGUCAACUGCUCGUGCAACAUUUGUUUGCCCUAGUUGGAGGACCGCCUGUCUGGCAGAUCCUCUAGUACAUCAGACACUGUUUGACUGUAUAAGUGCUCGUGCAAGUCAUGGUGUGGUGGUGGACCUCUCGACAGGGUUAUGCUCUAGCACAUCAGAUACUAUUGGACUGCUGAACUGCUCGUGCAAGGACAGGUGUGCAUUUGUCUGCCUUAUGUCGAAGGCCGCUCGUCUGGGCGAUGCUCUAGCACAACAGAUACAUUUGGACUGUUUAUCUGCUCGUGCAAGUAAAGGUGUGGGAAGAAAAGAUGGUCCCGGCAAGCAGCAGUCCCGGCCAGCAGCGGUCCUUCAAGCAGCCAGCAGCGGUCCCGGCCAGCAGCGGUCCUUCAAGCAGCCAGCAGCGGUCCCGGCCAGCAACGGUCCUUCCAGCAGCCAGCAGCGGUCGCGGCCCCGGCCAGCAGCCGCCCCGGCCAGCAGCCGCCCCGGCCAGCAGCCGCCCCGGCCAGCAGCCGCCCCGGCCAGCAGCCGCCCCGGCCAGCAGCCGCCCCGGCCAGCAGCCGCCCCGGCCAGCAGCCCCCCCCGCCACCAGCCGCCCCGGCCACCAGCCGCCCCCGCCAGCAGCCGCCCCCGCCAGCAGCCGCCCCGGCCACCAGCCGCCCCGGCCACCAGCAGCCCCGGCCACCAGCCGCCCCGGCCACCAGCCGCCCCGGCCACCAGCCGCCCCGGCCACCAGCCGCCCCGGCCAGCAGCCGCCCCGGCCAGCAGCCGCCCCGGCCAGCAGCCGCCCCGGCCAGCAGCCGCCCCGGCCAGCAGCCGCCCCGGCCAGCAGCCGCCCCGGCCAGCAGCCGCCCCGGCCAGCAGCCGCCCCGGCCAGCAGCCGCCCCGGCCAGCAGCCGCCCCGGCCAGCAGCCGCCCCGGCCAGCAGCCGCCCCGGCCAGCAGCCGCCCCGGCCAGCAGCCGCCCCGGCCAGCAGCCGCCCCGGCCAGCAGCCGCCCCCGCCAGCAGCCGCCCCCGCCAGCAGCCGCCCCCGCCAGCAGCCGCCCCCGCCAGCAGCCGCCCCCCCGCCACCAGCCGCCCCGGCCACCAGCCGCCCCCGCCAGCAGCCGCCCCGGCCACCAGCCGCCCCCGCCACCAGCCGCCCCGGCCACCAGCCGCCCCGGCCACCAGCAGCCCCGGCCACCAGCAGCCCCGGCCACCAGCCGCCCCGGCCACCAGCCGCCCCGGCCACCAGCCGCCCCGGCCACCAGCCGCCCCGGCCAGCAGCCGCCCCGGCCAGCAGCCGCCCCGGCCACCAGCCGCCCCGGCCACCAGCCGCCCCCGCCAGCAGCCGCCCCCGCCAGCAGCCGCCCCGGCCACCAGCCGCCCCCGCCACCAGCCGCCCCGGCCACCAGCAGCCCCGGCCACCAGCCGCCCCGGCCACCAGCAGCCCCGGCCACCAGCCGCCCCGGCCACCAGCCGCCCCGGCCACCAGCCGCCCCGGCCACCAGCCGCCCCGGCCAGCAGCCGCCCCGGCCAGCUGCCGCCCCGGCCAGCAGCCGCCCCGGCCAGCAGCCGCCCCGGCCAGCAGCCGCCCCGGCCAGCAGCCGCCCCGGCCACCAGCCGCCCCGGCCACCAGCCGCCCCGGCCACCAGCCGCCCCGGCCACCAGCCGCCCCGGCCAGCAGCCGCCCCGGCCAGCAGCCGCCCCGGCCAGCAGCCGCCCCGGCCAGCAGCCGCCCCGGCCAGCAGCCGCCCCGGCCAGCAGCCGCCCCGGCCAGCAGCCGCCCCGGCCAGCAGCCGCCCCGGCCAGCAGCCGCCCCGGCCAGCAGCCGCCCCGGCCAGCAGCCGUCCCGGCCAGCAGCCGUCCCGGCCAGCAGCCGUCCCGGCCAGCAGCCGUCCCAGCCAGCAGUGGUCCCAGCCUGCAUUAG